CGAUGUCGCGACCGCGGAAGUCCAGUAAUCUCGGUGCAGAUAUCAGAGGAGACACUGGAGCUCCUGCGAUAUCCACUAUGAAUUCUCAUUCGCCAUCCCCUGAAGCUCCGUCGGUACGGCACACACAGCGUGGAGCGUCUGAAAGGAGCGGAAAAUCACACUCCAAGCGGCGACGGGCGCGGUCAUUCUUCCGGCGAUGGAAAGAUACCUCCCUCAAACAUACGUGGCUAACACCACUUAUCCUAUUGCUCAUUAUCCUCGCCACAUACGCAGUGAACCCGACAGAAUCCAACCCAGUCCACAGUGCUAUCUUCCUCUCAUACCCUAACCCCCCUGAAACUCCCGGCGGCCCCAUCAUGUACGGAAAGGGCAAGAAAGAUCUCGCCUUCGUCGGUUUCUACACAAUUGUUCUCUCCUUCACCCGCGAAUUCAUCAUGCAACGAAUAAUACGACCGUGGGGCGUAUACUGUGGGAUCAAGAGCAAGGCUAAAAUGGCCCGGUUUAUGGAACAGGUGUACACAGCGAUCUACUUUGCUUUAUUCGGGCCCUUUGGGCUCUACGUCAUGAGCAAGACGGAUAUCUGGUACUUUAACACGACGCCAAUGUUUGAAGGGUUCCCGCACAGGCUGCAUACAGCGGAUUUCAAGGCUUAUUACUUGCUCGAGGCUAGUUACUGGGCGCAACAGGCAAUUGUGCUGCUUCUGCUGCUGGAGAAGCCCAGGAAGGAUUUCAAGGAACUAGUCGCGCAUCAUAUUAUUACCCUGGCGCUUAUUGGGCUCAGUUACCGCUUUCAUUUCACCUACAUUGGUCUUGCGGUUUAUAUCACUCAUGAUAUUUCGGACUUCUUCCUUGCGACCUCCAAAACUCUCAAUUACCUGGACUCCGUCCUCAUCGGUCCAUACUUCAUUACGUUUAUAGGCGUCUGGAUAUACAUGCGCCAUUACCUUAAUCUCCGCAUCCUCUGGGCAGUUCUUACGGAAUUCCAAACCGUCGGUCCCUUUGAACUCAAUUGGGAAACCCAACAGUACAAAUGUCGUCUCAGCCAAGUUAUCACUUUUGGCCUGCUCAGCGCACUACAAGCCGUCAACCUGUUAUGGCUGUUCCUGAUCCUCCGCAUUGCAAAGAACUACGUCUUGAGCGACGUGAGGAAGGACGAGCGGAGUGAGGAUGAAGAAGAAGAGGAGCAGGAAGAGGAUCAGCAGCCCACGCUUACCAAAGAUGCUCAAGUUUGCGGCAAUGUUGGGACUGGGACUGGAGCCAUUGGCUCUGCGAACAAUGGUAGCGCGGAUGCAACGCAUGUUACGAGGAGGACAGCCAAGACUAAGGAAAACGAUGCUGUCACGGCCCGAGAGCUAUAGUUAAUGGAGCUACGACGGUUGACUCUCAAUCGGCCAAGCUGGUGCUGGACUACAACAAUUAGCUGGGUUGUGAGAUGGCCGCGCUACCUUUUGUUCGUCCUCUUUGGAUUGUUUAUGAACCAAAUUGAAGGUGUCAGAGGUUUUCAGUGCUCUACCAGUGCCACUCUCUCCCCCUAUCAAUCUCUCAUAGGCAAUUGUCGAAGAAUUUUUUUUAUGGGGGUGCAAUCCCAUUAUGGAAAUAAGAUGAUUGCCAUGGUAUGGGUAUUAAGCAUAUAUGCAUUCCCCAGGUAUGAUCUGUUGUAUGCAGGAAAAGAGAACAAUAAGGGAACCCCCUGGCUAAGAAAAUCAUCGUUUUUGGCAUUUUCUCUCCCUCUCUCCAUCUUCCUCUUGAGCAUCACAAUUGCAUUGGCAGAUACACAUGUACAGUACAUAUACGUAUUUUUCUUUUCUCCUUUG